AUGCAAAGGUCACUGAGGUCACGCUGGGGUCAUGCAAAGGUCACUGAGGUCACGCUGGGGUCAUGCAAAGUCUGCCGGCAGGAGGCAGUGGCAGACCUGGUCUUCCUGGUGGACGGGUCUUGGAGCAUCGGGACCCAGAACUUUGAGCAGAUCCGCAGGUUCCUGGGGUCUGUGGUCCAGAGCUUUGAUGUGGGUCUGGACCGGGUCCGGGUGGGUCUGGUCCAGUACAGCACCAUGCCACGGACCGAGUUCUACCUCAACACGUACCAAGACAAGGCUGCCAUCCAGGCCGCCAUCCAGGCCCUGCCCUACAUGGGCGGCGGGACCCACACCGGACUCGGACUGGACUUUCUCCUGGACCAGGCCUUCACAGCUGAGGCUGGGAGCCGCCUCAGUCAGAAGGUGCCGCAGGUUGCCGUGGUGAUCACCGAUGGGAAGUCGCAGGACGGCGUGGAGGACGAGGCGCGCCGCCUGAAGGAGCGUGGCGUUCUCCUCUUCGCCGUCGGGAUCAAAGACGCCGACGAGGAGCAGCUGACCGCCAUCGCUCACGGCAACGUGUACAGCGUCCACGACUUCAGCGCUCUGAGCGACAUCAGCCUCAACAUCGUCCACACACUCUGCACCAGUGUAGAGGAGGCACAGGGUCUGAUCACACAGUUGUCAGCAGGUGAGGGAGCAGCGUCUGACCUCAGAGCUCUGCACCAGUGUAGAGGAGGCACAGGGUCUGAUCACACAGCUGUCAGCAGCUGUCAGCAGGUGAGGGAGCAGCGUCUGACCUCAGAGCUCUGCACCAGUGUAGAGGAGGCACAGGGUCUGAUCACACAGCUGUCAGCAGGUGAGGGAGCAGCGUCUGACCUCAGAGCUCUGCACCAGUGUAGAGGAGGCACAGGGUCUGAUCACACAGCUGUCCAGCAGGUGAGGGAGCAGCGUCUGACCUCAGAGCUCUGCACCAGUGUAGAGGAGGCACAGGGUCUGAUCACACAGCUGUCAGCAGAGUGUACCAGAGCGUCAGUUGCAGAUGUGGUCUUUCUCGUGGACGGCUCCUCGAGCAUCGGGACCGAGAACUUUGAGGAAAUGAGAAGUUUCCUCAAAACAGUGGUGUCCGGACUAGACAUCGGAGAGGACAAGGUCCGGGUGGGCUUGGCGCAGUACUCUAGUGAUCCGGUGACUGAGUUUCUGCUCAAAGACCAUGUGGACAAACAGGAAGUGCUGCGGCAGCUGGACCGGGUUCCGUACCGACUCGGGGGAACGGAGACCGGCAAAGCUCUGGACUUCAUCCGGACCAAGUUCUUCACCACGGAGGCCGGGAGCCGAUUGGCCCAGAGAGUCCCACAGAUCGCCGUGGUGAUCACCGACGGAGACUCCACAGACCAGGCUCGUGACGACACACGUGACAUCACAACAGCCACAAGAGACAACUGA